UGCUUUUAUCAGCAUCUAACCUAAACCAGGUUUUCUUGCACUCAAUUUCCUUUUGAUUGGUUCUUCUUCACCUUCUCCUCCUCCUCACUUUUUGUAAAUAUCAAUUAGGGAAGAUUAGCAAUCAUUACCACUAAUUACCAAGAUCAACCAUUCUUAUAGGCUAUAGCUUCUCACAAAAAAUUGUUGAUGAUCUCUGUAAUUCCAGAUUAUUAAAAUUAUGCUCUAUUUCCUUUUCAAAUCUCCUAAGUUUUUAAUGCUGAAAACAUUUAUCUUUAUAUCCAAGCUACAAUAUUUCCUUUUUGUUUGUUUUUUUUAUUAGCUAAAUUUCAGGGGAAAAAAGAGGGAUUUGAUUUUCGCUAACAAAGAGGUCGACCACAUAUGCGAACCAAGAGAUGGAACAUAAAACGUCACCGUAUAAAACCCAUUAAAAGUCUGGAGAACCGACAGAUUCCAGAGCAUCAAAAACGGCUGUUAAACUGUUAAGAGCGUCGACGCAAAAAGGGAAAAACACACAAGCAGAGCCGGAGGGCUUCUUCGCCGAUUGGGGACUUCAACUUACAGUCAUGGAAUUUCCCCCUCUAGAAUUCUUGUAAGUUCGUCUUUCACUUCUUUUCGUUGUUAAGCUUAUUAAUCCCACCAUGCCAUUUCGCCCGGUCCCACCAACACCCCCGGGGCCGCCUCCACCAUUGAUCGUUCACCAAGUCACACUCUCCCCUGCGCCCUCCCCCACAGAAUUCCCACACCACCGCCAAGGCGUCCUACCACCACUCGCCGCCGCCUGCUCCUUCCUAUUCUUUGUCCUUCGCUGCUUCCGAAAAGUUCGGCGGGAGCGCACCGCUCCCUCCGACGCCAAGCCACCACAUCGAUUCUCCUACUCUUCUCUUCGUCAUGCCACCAAUUCUUUUUCGUCUUCUAACAUCCUCGGCCAGGGAGGCUUUGGCUCCGUCUUCCGAGGCACCCUGCCUAACCGCCUGGAAGUUGCUGUGAAGGUCAUGGAUUCCGGUUCCCUCCAGGGAGAGCGAGAGUUUCAAAACGAGCUCUUCUUCGCCUCCAAGGUCGACUCUCCCCAUGUUGUUUCCGUCCUUGGAUUCUCCUCCGACAGGAAGCGCCGCAGAAUGCUUUUGGUAUAUGAACUUGUACAAAAUGGAAACUUACAAGACGCGUUGUUACACAGAAAGUGUGCGGAGCUGAUGGAGUGGAAGAAAAGGUUUUCGAUUACAAUUGAUAUUGCGAAGGGGAUUGAGUAUUUACAUAAUUUGAACCCGCCGGUUAUUCACGGAGACAUCAAGCCCAGUAACGUACUGUUGGAUCGGCAAUUCUCCGCGAAGAUUGCAGAUUUUGGUUUGGCGCGGUUGAAAUCAGAGAAUCAAUAUGAAAUUACAGUGGACGAGAGUGACGGGGGGAAAGUGAACGAUGUAUUAGAGGUGGCAAAGAAGGCAGAGCUGGAGAGCAACGGGGGUGGUGCAUUAGAGGAUUAUGGAUCUGUAGUGGAGGAUACAGAGAGUAUAACAACGGGGUUCGAGGAAUUCAGUCUGGGAGUAGGUCAGUCCCCGGAGGGCUUCUCUGGAGAUCCAACAUCGCCGGAGACCCUAGAUGCUGUAACUGCCUCACCAGAGACAGUUGGCAUAGUGCCAUCUCCGGGGAGAAAUAGUUUUGAUGGUGCCAGUGUUGAGAGUGUUAAUGAAUUAGGUACUGGAGCUGAAAAGAGCAAUAAAGGGAUGAGCAAGGGUGUUUCAGCGAAAGACUGGUGGUGGAAGCAAGAGAAUGGGACUUCAGAGAAUGGAAAAGUAAAGGAUUAUGUUAUGGAAUGGAUAGGAACAGAAAUUAAGAAAGAGAGACCGAAGAGUGAUUGGAUUGGAGCUUCUUCGUCAAGUAAUGUUGCAACUGGGAAAUUGGAGAAGAAGAAGAAUAAGAGGCAUAAACAGCGAUUUGAUUGGUGGCUUUCAUUAGAUGAGGACAGCAAGAUUGCCACGAAAAACUUGAAGAAGGAGAAUAUAAGACCUGCAAGAGAGUGGUGGAAGGAGGAAUACUGCGGGGAGCUUGAAAGGAAGAAGAAGAAAAAGAAGGAAGGGGUAGUCAGUGACAACAAUGGCGAAGAAGAUUGGUGGCCAAGAGCUGAGGAAUUGUAUGUCGGUAGAAAGAAGAAGAAUAGGAGUAGUAGUCGUGGUAGUAUAGAUUGGUGGUUGGAUGGGCUUAGUGGAGAGUUUCUGAAAGGUCGAGGCAAUAGCCGUGAUUCUAUCAGUGGAGAGAUUCCUAAUAGUGGUGGCAUUAGUAGUACACCGAGUAUGAGAGGCACCAUUUGUUAUGUUGCUCCUGAAUAUGGUGGAGGGGAUAAUAUAUCUGAGAAGUGUGAUGUUUAUAGCUUUGGUGUGUUGUUGCUGGUUCUCAUUGCCGGGAGGCGGCCCCUUCAGGUGGCAGGCUCGCCCAAGUCUGAAUUCCAGCGUGCCAAUCUGAUAUCAUGGGCACGCCUUCUUGCGCGCACUGGGAAGCUUCUUGAUUUGGUUGAUAAGAAUGUUCAGUCAUUGGAUCGAGAACAAGCUCAUCUUUGCAUCACAAUUGCUCUGCUUUGUCUGCAGAAGUCACCUGCUCGUCGCCCCUCAAUGAAAGAUGUGGUUGGAAUGCUUUCUGGGGACACAGAGCUGCCCCAACUACCAACUCAUUUUUCCCCUUCGCCACGGUCACGCCUUACAUUCAAAUCAAACAAGAAGGCUGGGUGAGUUUCAAUGUCUAAUGUCAAUUUUCACACACGAUAGUAUACUGAUGUAGAUCAUCGAUCCUCAUGUUUGUUGAGAUUUGUGUAGAAAGGAAAUAUGUUAAAACAUUGGGAGAAUUUCAAAGUUCAUUCUCAAUAUGCCCUAGGAUUCAGUUAUAUUUUAACAUCAUCAGCUUGUAUAUGUAGCCAUUAUAGAGGCUUAAGUCAUAAUACUAAUGCUUCUUCUUCAACUUUAAACUGAAACUAUGAGCACUUCAAAAUGCCAUGGUUAAGCGUGGAUUCAGCCAUCUUAGUAAACUUGAUUAGUUUCCUUGAA